AUGUCUCUAAAUUACAUCAAAAACUUCUAUGAAGGAUGUCUUAAACCACCAACCGUGAUUGGUCAGUUCCACACCCUUUUCUUUGGAUCUGUCCGGAUGUUCUUUCUUGGGGCGUUAGGCUUUGCAGUUUAUGGGAAUGAUGCUUUGCAUUUUAGCUGUGGUCCAGACAAAAGAGAGGUCAACCUCUUCUGUUACAAUCAGUUCAGGCCAAUCACACCACAGGUAUUCUGGGCAUUGCAGCUAGUGAUUGUCCUGGUUCCUGGAGCUAUAUUCCAUAGUUAUGCUCCAUGUAAAAUCAUCAAUCAAGAAUGCAUUAUUCAAAAGCCCAUCUACACUGUGAUUUACAUCCUCUCCGUAUUGCUAAGAAUUAGUCUAGAAAAGAUAGCAUUUUGGUUUCAGAUUCACCUCUUUGGUUUCCAAGUAAAACCUCUUUUGUGUGAUGCCAGUUCUCUUGGGGAAAAAAUGACUACUAUCAGAUGCAGGGUUCCAGAACACUUUGAAAAAACCAUUUUUCUCAUUGCAAUGCACACAUUCACUGUAAUUACAGUGGUAUUAUGUGUUGGUGGGGUUUUUGACAUCAUUUUUAGAAGACUAUGUUUUCUAGUUAGGCAAUGA